GUUCGCUUUCGUGCUAAAGCCACUCGGGCGGAGUCGUCGUGAUUAGAGAGUGCACGAGCCACGUCUCGGAGUUAGACGAUUUUAGUGUGAAACGCGAUUUCGGAGUGGGAUUAAUUCGACGUUUGCUCGUUAUUUCGACAAGAAGCGUCGUUUGGAGUGGAUUUCUUCUUUGUUAAACAAAUUACGUUGCGAGAGAGCGCUAUCCCGACGAGCUAACGCGGCUAGGCUAUCGUUAGCUGCUGCACUUUUUCUACGCUCGCGUGAGGGAAGAAGGAUUUUCUCGGCCCAGCGUCGACUGGACUCCAUACAAGUUGCCAAAGUGGUGUUUGCGUUGGCCACAGCUCUGGAGCAGACCUGAUGGAAACAGUAUGUCUAAAGCAUCAUGAGGCUCCUCUAGAUCACUGGAGAAUCAGUUUCACAUAAACGAUCGGACGAUUGCAGGAGGAAGACUGCAGCAUGAUAUCUUGUUGAAUCUAUAGGAUUCCGAGAAAUAGUUUGCACCACAGAUAAACAUCUUGGUGCUGCUACGAGCGGUUUGUAAAAGAAGGAAUAUAAAGGUAAUUGUAAGGUGAAGGUAGAUAGUUUAAGGAUAUCUGUUUGCCGAAAGAUAACAAGAUGAGCGCCGAAGGAUAUCAGUACAGAGCACUAUACGAUUAUAAGAAGGAGAGAGAGGAGGACAUUGAUCUGCACGUUGGGGACAUACUCAUAGUGAGUAAAGGCGCCCUGAUAGCACUCGGUUACACCGAAGGGUUAGCCGAGAGGCCGGAGGAUAUAGGCUGGCUGCCUGGGUAUAAUGAGAUGACUCAGGAAAAGGGGGACUUCCCUGGUACCUAUGUGGAGUUCAUUGGGAAGAAGAGGAUUUCGCCUCCGACCCCAAAGCCGCGGCCUCCCAGGCCUCUUCCCGUGGCGCCAGGACCGGUCAGGAAUGACUCUGACUCUGAGCAAGGAGGUUCCAGCACUUUGCCAGAUCUGACCGAGCAGUUUGCACUUCCAGACAUGGCACCACCCAUGCUUCUCAAACUGCUGGAGGCCAUCGAGAGGAAAGGUCUGGACAACCCCACCCUGUACAGAAACUUCACUGCUGGAGGUGGUCUGGAUGUACGGCAGUGUUUUGACACUGACGGCCCUCCCGUGGACUUGGAGCAGCUCGAUCUGCAGAUGUUGUGUGACGGUCUGAGACGAUACCUGCUGGAUUUGCCCCAGCCGGUGAUUCACUCUGCAAUCUACACUGAGAUGGUACGCAUCGCUCAAGAGGUCCAGGGCAUGGAGGAAUGUGCAGAGCAUUUGCGGAGGGUUACUGCUUCCUCUGUUUUGCCGCCUCAAUACUGGCUAACGCUGCAGUGCCUGCUGAGACACCUCGCCCGUGUCUGCCAGGCCUCGGCCGCCAACCUGCUGAACGCCCGCGCCCUCGCCGAAAUCUUCAGCCCUGCACUAUUCCGCCAGCAGGCAACCAGCUGUGAGCCCAGCCCUGAGUCGCACAUUAGGAUCGUCGAAAUCCUGGUGACCAGUGAAUGGAGCAGCAGCCAGGCAGCUCCAGCACUACCUCCGAAACCACCCAAACCAACGCCUGUCACUAACAACGGUAUGAACAACAACAUGGCUCUACAGGAUGCCGAAUGGUACUGGGGGGACAUUUCGAGGCAAGAGGUCAACGAGAAGCUGAGAGACACAGCUGAUGGAACAUUUUUGGUUCGUGACGCCUCCACCAAAAUGCACGGAGACUACACCCUCACACUGAGGAAAGGAGGCAACAACAAGCUGAUCAAAAUUUUCCAUCGCGAUGGGAAGUACGGUUUCUCAGAUCCUUUGACGUUCAACUCUGUGGUUGAGCUGAUCAAUCACUAUCGGCAUGAAUCCCUCGCCCAAUACAACCCCAAACUAGAUGUGAAACUGCUGUAUCCUGUGUCCAAGCACCAACAGGAUCAAGUGGUGAAAGAGGACAACAUUGAAGCUGUGGGCAAGAAAUUGCAUGAAUACCACCUGCAGUACCAAGAGAAAAACAGGGAGUACGACCGACUGUAUGAGGAGUACACCAGGACCUCACAGGAGAUCCAAAUGAAAAGAACUGCUAUUGAAGCUUUCAACGAGACCAUCAAGAUCUUUGAGGAGCAGUGCCAGACGCAAGAGCGCUACAGCAAAGAGUACAUCGAGAAGUUUAGGAGAGAAGGCAACGAGAAAGAGAUCCAGAGGAUAAUGGUGAACUACGAGAAGCUGAAGUCUCGCAUCAGCGAGAUCGUGGACAGCAAGCGUCGGUUGGAGGAAGACCUCAAGAAGCAGGCUGCCGACUACAGGGAGAUCGACAAGAGGAUGAACAGCAUAAAGCCUGAUCUCAUCCAGCUCAGGAAGACCAGGGAUCAGUACCUCAUGUGGUUGACACAGAAGGGCGUCAGGCAGAAGAAGCUCAACGAGUGGCUGGGAAUCAAAAACGAGAACCAGGAAGAUCAAUACUCCAUGGUGGACGACGACGAGGACUUGCCGCACCAUGACGAACGUUCCUGGAAGCUCGGGAACAUUAAUCGCCUCCAAGCGGAAGCUCUGCUACGUGGCAAGAGAGACGGAACAUUCCUGGUCCGAGACAGCAGCAAGUCAGGCUGCUACGCCUGCAGUGUUGUUGUGGACGGCGAGGUCAAGCAUUGCGUCAUCAACAAAACACCCACAGGCUUCGGUUUCGCGGAACCUUACAACCUGUACGGCUCCCUGAAGGAACUGGUCUUGCACUACCAGCACACGUCUCUCGUCCAGCACAAUGACUCUCUGAAUGUCACGUUAGCAUACCCGGUUUACGCACACCAGCGGCGAUGAGAACUCGUGAACGUCCAAUUUGUCCGGACUUUGUGAUGCACGAUCGGGGCUUAGAAGGAGGAUGAGGACAAGAAAGGGGGGGGGGGAAAGGCCUCGGCUCCUGCAGCGAUGCCUCCACUUUGGAUUCAGGACGGAGGGCCGGUUUUCGCAGCUAAACCCCAAAAGCAGACGUUUUCAGCCGAGACCCAGAGGAGUCGUAACGUUUCCCCUCAUGUCGAAGCAGAAAACUGCUGAACUUUGAUCUUUUUCUCUCUCUCUCCCAAAAUGGAGGACGAUGGAGGCCUUUUUCAAAAUGGUGCUUGUUCAUUUCAAAGCUUUACCCACUGCUGGAAUGUGGAAUGCUCAUGAUGAUGACCUCUGGAGUUUUAAUUUGAAAUGCUACCCAGAGAGUUAUACCUGUGUGUGUGUGUGUGUGUGUGUGUGUGUGUGUGUGUGUGUGUGUGUGUGUGUGGGGAUGUGAUGUGACCAAAUUUACAGUAUCUAAAAGCUAUUCGUCAUUGGCGUGUUCAAAGUGACGAUGUGAACAGACCAUGGAAUCAGCUGAUCAAUGUAGCAAGAUGGCACUUUCAAAACAGUAUAUUUUGUGUUUUCUUUUUUUUUUUGUCUCGUUUUUUCUUUCCCACAUAAAGGACUGUGAACAAGCGGACGAUUUGAACAUCUCAUUUUAAAUGAGCAAAAACCGGAGGACGGGGGGGGACAGGAUGCGUGGCAUUUUACUCUGCAAGCAUUACAGUGACUGCUUCUGCCUUUGAUGGACUAACAAGGCAUGCAUAAGAACCUAAAAUAAAUUCAUUUUGUACAUAUGGACUUGAAGAUCAAGAGAGAGAGAGAGGGGGGAAAAAAAAAAAGAAAACGUGAUUGAAACCAUGUUGUACCAAAAACAGCGCUCCGUUCCUUCACGGUUGUAUUCAAAUGUGCUAUGCAAAUUCUGUUUCACCCUUUCUUCUCAGCAGAGUUGUGAUUUUAUUUUACAUGUUGCUACCAUAAUAUAUAUAUAUAUAUAUAUAUAUUUUUCCCCCUUAUUUUUUUGUUUUUACAGCUUGAUGUCGUUAUUUUUUUUUUUUAUUUUAUUAAAUGGUAGUAUAUAUAAGAGAAUAUUUUAAGUGUCAAACCUGCCAAGACAGAUGGCUUCAGUUUUACAACAGAUAAAUGAUCAAGUACUUUAUUACAGAUUCAGCUGAUUAGAAUAAACAGAUGAGUAUUUUAUUAGUCUUUUUCACUUUCGAGCUAUUAUUAUUAUUAUUAUUAUUAUUAUUAUUAUUAUUAUUUUUUUCCCUAGGCAGAGCCUUGGAGGAUUUUUAGUGCUGCUUGUCCGUCAGUAGUACCAUUUAAAAAAAAUCAUCAUUUUUAUUUACUCACUGCUAGACGUUUCGAAAGCUGUUCGUUCGAGAAGAGUUUUUAUUUUCAGAUCGAUUUUCCAGCAAGGGUAUGAACGAGGCAAAUGGAAAUACGAUUUUAUUUUUAAUUUUUUUUUUUUUUUU